CUUGGGCCGGGUGCUUCCGGUCGGAGAGGACAGAAGAGUCGCUGCGGUAAGGGAGAAAGAAGAGGAGGGGAAGACAAACAUUUAUUACACUUACCCACAAGAACAUCUCUGAAAAAAUAUAAUCAUGGGAAACAUCUUUGGAAACCUAUUGAAGAGCCUGAUUGGGAAGAAGGAAAUGCGAAUACUCAUGGUGGGCCUUGAUGCUGCUGGUAAAACCACCAUAUUGUACAAACUGAAGCUCGGAGAGAUUGUGACUACGAUCCCCACCAUAGGCUUUAAUGUGGAGACUGUGGAAUACAAGAAUAUUAGUUUUACAGUGUGGGAUGUUGGCGGCCAAGACAAAAUCCGGCCACUGUGGAGGCACUACUUCCAGAACACUCAGGGGUUAAUAUUUGUGGUAGACAGCAAUGAUAGAGAGCGAGUGAAUGAGGCACGUGAGGAGCUGAUGAGGAUGCUGGCAGAGGAUGAGCUGAGGGAUGCUGUACUGCUGGUUUUUGCUAACAAACAGGACCUGCCCAAUGCUAUGAAUGCCGCUGAGAUAACAGACAAAUUGGGGCUGCAUUCUCUGCGCCACCGCAAUUGGUACAUCCAGGCUACGUGUGCCACCAGUGGUGAUGGUCUCUACGAAGGGCUGGACUGGCUAGCCAACCAACUGAAGAACAAGAAGUGAAGAAGUGUGUCCCUACCUCCGCCUCCCCAGCGUGCACCUGACUUUUCCUCCCCCAUCCCUUCCGUCCGAAAGUUCAUCUCCUGCCCAACCGGGUUGGGGUUGACUUCUGGCACAGACCACAGUAUCCCAGCUAUUUAUCCUGGUUCCACAAUUGCUUUCUUUGCUGUUUUGGUUUGGGGUGUUUUUAUCGGGUGCUGUGUUUCUCCUGACUCAUUCAGCUGCUGUUACUUGCUUUUUUAUUUUCUUGAAAGAGUUUGGGAGGGGGAGGACUGCAGAGAUAUGGCAGUACACGCCACAGUAAUCCACCCCUGUAGACAGGGUCGGUGAAAGGGAAUGAUUUGGGAGCUGUGCUGUUUUGUGUCUGUAUGUUCUGUGGAAGCUUCCCUGUACAGAAGGUAUUUGGCUUCUUGUGUUUGUUUUCAAUGCAAGUUUUUUCAGUGCUUUCGGUGAAUUUAACAGAGAAACACUAUUUCUAACACACUGUAUUAUUUGCUGCUCAAGAUGGGAAUUUGCCAAGACCAGUUCCUAACAUUACAGUAUUUGGCCAUUUUUAUUCUUGCCUAACCCCACUCCUUAGUCCUGUAGAUAGACAACAUAUUAUUAGAAUGGAGUUCUAAAAUCAGUAUGAGUCCGGUCAAAUGGUUUUGCAAAUUUAAUUACAUUGGUGUCUUAUUUAAAAACUCAAACCCCAAAUCAUAUGAAAA